GAAAAUUUGGAAGUAUCGUCUGGUCACUACCAAUAAAACGUUAUUUUUGAUGGCAAACGAACUUCUGUUGUAGGUCGCAAUGUUGUGUAUGAUACGCUGAGUUGGAAGUUAUGAAACGAUCUAAGAUCUUUGACUCAACUAAUGACUCCAGCUUAGCUUCGACUUCAACGACCAAUGAGGAUUCGCCCAAGUUGGCUGAUAAUACCUCAGACGAAGGUACCUCAGAAGCGUCGACUUCCAAAUCGCUGAGAACGGACAUUUGCACAUCCUCCCUUAGUCAAAGUACGAGUUUGGCAUCAAGCUUGCGAACUAAUGGGCGAGAUGAAAUCAAUGCUAAUCGAUCAGUUGCAACCCAUCAACUGAACACUGUCACUCCUAUGAAUAGUUCCCAAUUAUCUCACUUUAUGGAAGGAAUAGUUCAAGGUCAUGGCCAUACGGGGACACUUCAGGACAUAGCAGGAGGUGGGAGUCCCGUCUCUACAUCGGCCAUAACAGUAUCUUCGGUGGACUCAACGGCACUUUCGCCUCAGUCGCCCGGAUCUCUGCCUUUGACUUCAGCAUACGCCUGCUUCAUGUCAAGGGCUGCCAAAAACUACUCGCCGAACAAUCCAGCGAGUCCUCUGGUGUGUGAUGAUUCGGGUUACUCUCCUCCGCCAUCCCCGCCACCUGCUCACAUAGGCGACUGGCUCGCUCAGUUCAGCCAGUUUCCUCUAUCAGACAAACACACGGCAUUAGACAGACUCCUAGAUACGUGCAAUUUCGACCAAUUGCGCUACAUGUACUCUAUGAUAGAGCCACAGUUCCAGUUUGACAUCAUUUCCAAACUGCCUCGUGAGGUUGGAUUGCGAGUGUUCCGAUACCUUAGCCCUAAAGAUCUCUGCAAUUGCUGCUUAGUUUCCCAAGAUUGGAGAAGCAUAGCUGACGAUAACCUGUUAUGGAGAGAGAAGUGUCACGAAUCAGGUGUGCAAGUGAGUGGAUCGAAUCCCACUGCUGUCGCGCCCCCAAGUGAGAUGCAUCAGUUUGACAAAGACUGGAAAUCGGCCUGUUUAGAAGACGCCGAGGUCGAGUACAAUUGGAGAACCAUGUCAAGUUCAGCCAGUUGGCCCAGCCACGACAACCAUGUGAUCACUUGUCUACUGCUGCACGAAAACAAAGUGAUCUGUGGCUCUGACGACUGUAGCAUAACUAUCUGGGACCUGGAUGAUGUGGAAGCGAGAAGUGAUAGUUCAAGUGAACUUCGGAUGCCGCCAUGUCCUCUGGUCCUCAUUGGACAUCAAGGAGGUGUCUGGUCCUGUGAAGUAACCCGUGAUAAAAUUGUCAGCGGUUCUACUGAUCGAACUUUAAAAGUUUGGAGUGUGAGAACGGGGGAGCUGUUGCACACUUUGGAAGGACACACCUCAACUGUGCGGUGUAUAGCCGUGCACGAGAACAUUGCAGUGAGUGGGGCGAGGGAUGCGACAGUGCAUGUGUGGGAUGUAGAGAGUGGGCGGGAGAUAGGAGUCCUUUUGGGCCACAUGGCCGCUGUCAGGUGUGUGGCGUUCGACGGAUCACUCAUUGUCUCGGGCGCAUACGAUUGCCAUGUUAGAGUGUGGAAAUUGAAUUCUCUCACAUGUCUACACACCUUGGAAGGCCACUCACAGCGGGUUUACUCUCUGCAGUUCGACGGAACCCAUAUCGUCAGUGGAUCUCUGGAUGCCUCCAUCAUAGUGUGGAAUGCGAAGCUGGGCAAAUUAGUCCAUGUGCUCAGAGGUCACAGGUCGCUCACAAGCAGCAUGAUAGUGAACAGCAACGGCGGUGUACUCAUCUCAGGCAACGCAGACUCCACAGUCAAAGUUUGGGACAUGAAAAGGGGCGAGUGUGUUCACACACUACUGCAGAGUGGGGGUAGUGGUAGUAGUAAUGGCUGUAGUGGUAAUAGUGUCAGUGGUAAUCACAAGCACUCAAGCGCAGUGACUGGACUGCAGUUCUGCAGGAGAGACAAGUAUGUUGUGAGUGCGAGUGACGAUGGCACUGUGAAGCUGUGGAAUGUGCACACGGGUCACUUCGUCAGGGAUCUCUUGAAGUUGGACUCGAGUGGGUUCGGAGGAGUGGUGUGGCGUAUCAAGUGCAACGAACACAUGCUAGUCUGUGCAGUCGGCAGUCGCAAUCUGAGCGAACAGACAAAACUGGUUCUGUUCGAUUUUAGAUCAAAACGGCUUAAACAAAAACAACUGCUAUUCAGCUCAAAUUAAAUGAAUUAUAGGCUAAAGAAACUCGUAGGUUGUCAAUCAUUAUGCUUAAAGUUUUUCAAAUUUUAAGUAGUUUUUCUUGUUUCGAAAUCGGGUGCAGUAACUCAGUUCUAAGUAACGUUGACACAAAGUUGUUAGUGUUUACUACAUUAUUAAGCCGGUGAUGAAUUCCAAGAACUCAGGUCAGAAUCGCAUCAAUUAAAUCAAUCAGAUCAGUUAUUUGU